AACACUGCGAUUAUUACAAUUUGGAGCAAUAAAGGAGCAAAGUCUCGCAGAAAAGUAUUUCUUAUUGGAAAGUGGAAUCUUUUACAAGACUCAGGCUGUCAGAGGAGAUAUGGAAUAAUCAACGUGGAUGGGUAUUCCAAGCUCAAGAAUUGAUAGGCAGUAAGGUUUAACUUGAAAGAAGCAAUCAAGUGGCCAUAACGUGUAGUUACACAGGCAGUUAUUGUAUUAGUAUGGCGACCCAUGAGAACUACUGAACCAUGACUGAUGCGCCAUGACUGGGCUACGGUGCAUACUAUUGUGUACCAUGACUCUAGCUAUCCUUUCAGGGUGCAUAGGAAACCCAGAGGAGCAGGGGAAUGAGGAGGAUGUUAUCAUCAUUGAGGGUGACAUUGCAGUUACAAGUGAAGAGUUCCGUGGAUUGUACGAGCAGCAUGUGUAUCUAGAGUCUUUGCUACAGUUAGACCAGCCACAGCUAGAUGAUCACUACUUUCAUCACGACAAUUAUAAGAAGACUCGCCAAAAGAGAGCUGUAACUGGACUGACUGAGAGAAAGUGGAGCAAUCAGACAGUACCCUACGUUAUAGGACCUAACAUCACAGAUGCUGUAACAGAGAAUAUCCAGCUUGCCAUGAGUCACUGGGAGAAAAACACUUGUAUACGCUUUAUCAAUAGAACAUAUGAGAAAGACUACAUAUACUUUACACCAGGACACUGUGGAUGUUGUUCUUUUGUUGGUCGUCAAGGGGGUAAACAACAUGUCACUCUAUCUCCUCAUUGUGCCAACUAUGGUGUAGUCGUGCAUGAACUUGGUCACGUCAUUGGAUUCUGGCACGAACAUAGCAGACCAGAUAGAGAUAAAUAUGUGAAGGUCCUCAAACAGAACAUCAUUGCAGAGAAAUUAGAGAACUUUGACAAGAAGUUUUCUUUUGAGAUUGACUCUCUCAGCCAGCCGUAUGACUAUUACUCCAUUAUGCACUACAGAAGGCUACACUUCAGUAAAAAUGGUAAAUCAACCAUUGAACCUUUAAGGAAAAAUGUUGAGAUUGGCCAGAGAGAUGGACUAAGUCCUGGUGAUAUGGUUCAAGCCAGGUUGCUGUACAACUGUCCAAAGCCCCUGUGUUAUGAAGAGCUUACUGGUAAGCAUGGCAACCUGAGUACCCCACACUACCCCAUAAGCUACCUGAGGAACCACAACUGUACUUGGAUCAUACAUAUACAGCCGGGUCAAUUUCUGUCAAUGGAAUUCACAGAAUUCAGUCUCGAGAAAUCAACAAAUUGCACAUUUGACUUUGUGGAAGUCAGACAAGGCAUCGAUGAAAUGGGAAAGCUGAUUGGUCGAUUUUGUGGUGAGGGCCAACCAGGCAUCAUUGAAUCGUAUCGUAGUUUAUGGAUUAGAUUCCGAAGUGAUUCAUCUAUAACGAGUAAAGGUUUCUUGGCUCAUUAUAAUGUGGAAAGUCCCAUGGAUGAUGGCUCCGGUGAGAGUAGCAGUGGAUAUAGCAGCAGCGAGUAUUUUGUGGACUAUAAAUACAGGAAGUACAACAUACGAUAUAAAGACUGUGUCGCCUACAAGAUGUCAAGAACAGGAAACAUUGAAUCUCCUCUGGUCCCCGUGCCAACUAGUCGCCCUGUUGAGUGCUCUUGGGUGAUAGAUGGAGGUAACAACAGUGUGAGAAUCCAGUUGACCUUUGACCUGAGAAAAGUGAACCGUACAAGGGAGAACUGUGUGGGAGACAUCUAUAUUAAAACAAGCGGGGAUAGCUCCAACCGCAAUAGAGGCACAAAGAAAAGUGUCAAUGAUAUAAAUGAAACAACAAAAUUAGACAGGUACAGUAGUGUACGCCACAACUGCUCAACUACAAGUGAAUUGGUGUUAACCACAUCAGUUGCAAUGAUACUGUGGUCAUCAACAGACAACAGCAAACUGAAGAUGUCAUAUGUAAUAGGUAGACUAUAA